CCGCUUCCGGGCCCCGCUCCCGGUGGAGUCGGAAAGAGGAGGGGAUCGUAGCCGGCGGCCCGUUUCUCCGCGUCGGAGGUCUGGAGGAGCCCGGCGGGCCCCCUGCGGGAGAGGGCCCCUCCCGGCCAGGCUCUGCAUUGCGUCCAUUAUCCAUCCUUCGGCCAGAAUAACUGUUACCCUGGAUUUUCCAGAUCUUUGGUGAAAGUUUCAGAUCUGUGGAUGAUCAGCAUCUAUCAUGGCUUACCAACUGUAUAGAAACACCACCUUGGGAAACAGUCUUCAAGAAAGCCUGGAUGAGCUCAUUCAGUCUCAGCAGAUCACUCCCCAGCUCGCUCUUCAAGUCCUCCUACAGUUUGACAAAGCUAUCAAUGCUGCAUUAGCACAGCGGGUCAGAAACAGAGUCAAUUUCAGGGGCUCUCUGAAUACGUACAGGUUUUGCGACAAUGUUUGGACCUUCGUGCUGAACGACGUGGAAUUCAGAGAGGUCACCGAGGUGGUGAAAGUGGAUAAAGUUAAAAUCGUGGCCUGCGAUGGGAAAAAUACGGGUUCGAAUGCUGCGGAGUGAAGGGGGAUUGGGGCCUCUGAGCCCACGCGGAUGUGAUGGGCAGGGCUUCCCGGGGAGCAGCCUGGACAAAGAAAGACUGUCGGGAGUUGUUUUAAUAAUGUAGGCAAAGCUCACUUUUUCUGGAAGGCCUUGUGGAACUGUCUUUGCAAGGUCCCAUAAGGCACCUCCGGGCGUUGGGUCGGUGAUGAAGAUAAGCAAGCUUGCUUUUUUAAAAAAAGAGGAUCAAAAAUAAGGAUGAAACAUGCACAGCUACUUUUGGGUUCAUCAAGGUCACCAAUAAAUAUUUUAUUUAAAACUUUUA